AUGAGUAGCUCCAACAAACAGGGAACAGCAGAUGAAGAAAUAGAAGACAUGUUAAAGAGUACCCUUAACACAAACAAUGAAACAGAGAAUGAGCACUCUAUUGCAGAAGUUCAGGAGACCUACCCAAUCCCAAUCAUAGAACCAGUAGAGGUGUCUAUGGCAUUUGACACUUUUCUCCAUGUAGACGGAAGCCUUUAUACUUGUUUUACUGAAAAUGGAAUCAUGAUGUACUUUGAUGAUACUAAGGAAGCUCUUCCUGGUCUGGUGGACUAUAAAGAAAUAACUGCAGCGCUCAGACAAUGCAAGUAUGAUGCCGAUGCAGUCAUUUCUAUUUUUCUGUCAAUCUUCGGAGAGAGCCUUUUGAAAGCAUCAGAAGGGAUGGAGAAUUUCAGAGACACUAACUACUUUCGGGAUUAUCUAGAAAAGGAACAGGCUAUUGAAGACCUUAAACAACAAUUGAAAAUGAAAUGCAAUGAAGUAGGAAACUUGCUCUUGAGAAAUAAAUGCCUUCAGAAAGUGAACAACCACAUGUCAGAAAUGAUCCACCCUUUAACCCAAAGACUUGCUGAGCUGGAGAUUGACCAGGAGGAAGCCCAUGCCAAAAUAAAAGCUAUGUAUAACCUGAGACACAAGACAUCGCAUGGGAAGGUGAUCAUAAAAAAAGCUGGGCCAUUUAUUGAGCCUGAAAUACUGCUAGAGGUCAACAGAAUAACCAGGGCCUUGAACAUUUCUAGCAAAGAGCUGAGCUCCACUUUGAAGAUUAGGUUUUCUGAAAUGGACCUCCUGAUGAAGCAGCUGUCGAACCCAGUGUUCAAACUGAUGGAAGCUGUAUUAAGUUCAGCCCAAGAGCUUGAGGAAAUGCGCUCUCUGUACAAGAAGGAGGCUUUGGCAAGGAAGUUGCUUUACAACAGGCUGCAGGAGAUGUGUGGGAAUGUCUGUGUGUUCUGUCGUUGCAAGGGGUACUCGCCCACCACCAGCUGCCUCUUCCUUCCAUCAGAUGAAGAGCUUGUACUAAUGUAUAAAGGCAGCAAGAAGAAGUUUGCCUUUGAUAAAGUGUAUUCUCCAAGAACUACUCAGGAAGAAGUGUUUGAAGGAACACGUCCUAUUGUCACUUCUUGUGUUGAUGGAUAUAACAUUUGCAUACUGGCAUACGGUCAGACAGGAUCUGGAAAGACUUAUACAAUGAUGGGUUCUGAAGAUAACCCUGGAGUAAGCAUCAGGUCAAUCAGGGAACUUUUACAUUUAUGCAGUGAGAGACCCAUGAUCACGUACAAACUUAAGAUCUCCAUGCUGGAAAUUUACAAUGAAAAACUUUAUGAUCUUUUUUCAAAAAUCCCAAAAAGUAGUUUGGAAAUAAGGAACCAGGGAAAAACAGUCAUAGUUACUGAUUUGACAGAAUUUGAAGUAAAAACAGAGGAAGACAUUAAAAGCAUUGCACGCCUUGGAGAAAAAAAUAGGAGAGUUGCUUCUACAAAAAUGAACAUAGCAAGCUCUCGUUCUCACCUGGUGCUCAUACUGAGAGUGGAUGGAACUGACAAAGUGUCUGGAGUCAAGUCCCAUGGUACGCUCACACUGUGUGACUUAGCCGGCUCUGAGCGCAUCUCCAGAUCUGAAGCUUUGGGACAAAGGCUUGUGGAAGCAGCAGCUAUUAACACAUCUUUGACUUCUCUGAGUCAGGUUUUCAAAGCAAUAAAAGGAAAUGCCCUUCAUGUGCCUUUUAGAAAUUCUAAACUCACACACCUGCUUCAGCCUAGCCUCAGUGGAGAUGCCAAGGCCUGCGUGUUUCUAAACAUCAGCCUAGAUGUGCCAAAUUAUGAAGAGACUAUAGCCACCCUUCAGUUUGGUUCAUCAGUUCGACAGGUAGCACUGGGUAAAGCUACACAAAAUGUAACACACAAUACAGAAGUUAAGUCUGAUAAUUAAAA